GUCUCAGCUCAUCUUUUCCCGAAACAGGAGGUACCUGCGCCUCGCCCGGUGGAGAUGGGAGACGUGCUUGCGCAGCUCUCUUCUCUCUCUGAUUGGGUGCAGUAUCUCUCAGAAACCCUCGUUUAUACGGCGACUGCGUUCACCAGUCAAGCAGAAGUCAACCCCGAACCUGCAAGAACGAUCGAGGACACAAGCUCGCCCAUCAAGGUGCAGAGCGGGUUGCCGUACCUUUGGAACGGGGCAUCACCGUUUGCCAAUCUCUCGCUCCUCUCCCCCCGCCCCAUCAUGUAUAGGGGGGCCAGGAGUAUCCCACCGCUGCCAGCCUGUUCUUCGCACUAAAGUUUGAGGGCAGUGCUGAACGCAGUGAAAUUGCCAUGGCGACCGUCAGCCGCGCAUGAUCCUGUGCCCUCGUCAGCUUAGUAAGAACUGAUUGGUAUGGGAUCGCGUUUGAGAGACUGGUCGAGGUGCUGCGGCGUAAGUGUGAGCAAUAUCCAGAGGUGGGUGCGGAGCUGCUCAGCACAGGAAAUCGGUCAUUGGUGGAUCCCAGGCAAGACAAGACUCGAUAAUGUGUUUGGCCGCGCGUUGCAGGCAGUCCGGACUCGCUUGGAUAAUGAAUUGCAUCUUUGCUAGAGACAAGAAUAUCAGAUCACC